UUGUGGCGCUCGCGAUCAAAAUUCAGCGAAGAUGGCAUCUUCGUCAGUGAGAGCAAUUAAGGUCAUUCAAAACAUUCUUCUUGCUUUCAGAAAAAAAUCAAAGCCAUCUAAUGACGCUCCGUUAGACAGACUUAACGACUCCAAUAUCGUGGCACCAAAGGCCGUCAAGCCACAUUACCCCCUGAUAAAAUUCCGGAAAAGCGGCGCGAGAUCGGACCAAGGUCAAACGCCACCGACGGCUACCGCGACGGCUACCAAAGCUACCAGCGCCUCUGCGCCUCCGUCGUCCAAGCCCAUUGGUAGCACGGCCAGGGGUACAGGCAUCGACGAGUCUCAACUACCCGCCCGCUACGCAAGAAAACCGCUAUCACAGUACGAGGGUGACUACAUCCAGGCGAGUUCUUUCGUCGAAUUCGGAGGGCAUGUGCGCACGAUGAGGUUGUUGGGUCGAGCAACGCCUCUGGAAAGAGCGUAG